CCUUUGUCUUUUGGCAAAGUUAUUUCUAGAUCACAAGACCCUCUAUUAUGACACAGACCCUUUUCUCUUCUAUGUGAUGACGGAUCUGGAUAGUAGAGGAUUCCAUAUUGUUGGUUAUUUUAGCAAAGAGAAGGAAUCAACAGAAGACUACAACGUUGCUUGUAUACUUACCAUGCCUCCUUAUCAGAGGAAAGGAUAUGGAAAAUUGCUCAUAGAAUUUAGUUAUGAAUUAUCCAAAUUUGAAGGUAAAACUGGAUCACCAGAAAAGCCUCUAUCGGAUUUGGGACUGUUGUCUUAUCGGUCGUACUGGGCCAAUACUAUAUUGGACAUCUUAAUUUCAAUAAAGCCUACUGGAGACAACGAAAAAGCGCAAAUUACAAUCAAUGAAAUUUGUGAACUGACCAGUAUCAAAAAAGAAGACGUCAUUUCGACCCUCCAAAAUUUGAACUUAAUCAAUUAUUACAAAGGCCAAUAUAUAAUAACAUUAACAGAGGAUAUGGUACAGCAGCAUAAAUCUGCAAUGGACAAAAGAUUGGACUCCUAA